AUGCCUGAUAGAGUCCAAUUGUCCAUAAGACACGGCAAGCCGAAGCAUGACGCCUGCUCCUCGACCGCCCCCGCUCGCCCAGCGCUGCAGAUCUGCCUUCGAGAAUCGGUGCACCAGCGCCAGCGCUCGGAAAUCGACCCCAAUUCGGCGCAAUUCAACUCUCGUCGAACGAGCCCUCGAGGCUGGCGAACACAACGGCAGCCCCCGCGACGGCAGCCCCGCAUAAGCCUUGGACCAGAAGCCGCGUCGUGCGCAACGUCCCAGCGACUCGCCGCUCGGUGCCCUCGAGCACGGACGCGCCCAGCGACAGGACCCGAUUCCCCCAGAAGGUGGCCCAGUACAGCAGAAACGAGCCGAAGGCCAAGCUCAGGAACACCGCCAGCAGGCACGCCUUCAGCGCCCAGUUCGUCACCGUGUUCAGACCGCCUGAGCGCCCGCCGUCCCUCCGCUCCGACUCCACCUUCGCAAGGCCGUCCGGCGUCGCAAACGGCCCCGCGCCCGAGUCCCCGUCCCCGUUCCCUGGUCUCCUCCUCCUCCUCGGUCAGCCCACCACCACUUCCGACGAACGCUCGCUCGCUGCCUCGCUUCCCCGUCCGGCUUUCUAAGGUCCGCGCUCAUCGACCCGACUAUCUCGACCCGAGGGUCGAGGACCACGAGGCGGCGCGGUGGCCGUGUCUCUAUCUGCCUCGCGUCCCUGCUGCCCCCGCCAUGGAUGGGCAUCCGUCCGCUGCUUCUCGGCUAUACUAG